AUGUCUAACCUUCAGCUUGAAAUCCUUUAUGACCAUAGCCAUGGUGAAUCUAAUAUGAAAAACCAUUUAAAUUGGAAUUGCAAAUGGCAUAAUAUUAUUUGGUCAAAUGAGUCCAAUUUUAAGUAUACUCUCAAUGAAAAAUUUGAUAAAUUGCGCCUGGUUAAAGAAGUUCUUGAACAAGCUGAAGUUGAAAGAUGGUUGCAUAAUUCUUUGGAUAAAUCUACAAAUAUUGAUAAUUUGAAGAAAAAGGUCAUAGCAGCAUG